AUCAUGUGUCCAACGAAAGCUCACUUGUCUCUGUACAGCACGAUAGAUCAAAUCAGGAAUUUCUCUCUGCAUCUCCUAAGACCGCUCCUGAGGAGAUAACGUAAUAUUUAGUUAGGGAUAUAUUUUGAUUACAAAAAUAAAUUUUGAAACUUUGCCUUGGCAUGUUGAAAGAUUUCUUUUUAAAAUUAUUUUCCUUUUCUCUUUUUUACUUAUUCCAUUGCGCUGGGCACAAAACAUAAAAUGUGUGGCCAAGUUAUGGUUGGUGGCAAUACACGGCUGCUUUUAUUGUCGAAGGAGGAUGCCUGUUGGAUUCCGCUACUUUCCUGAUGCCCUUCUCAUUCUUCCUUAUUCUUCCGAAAAUGUGUGGAAUAACGAAAGGCUUACACGUACAAAUCAGCAAUGAAGCAGAGGCAUUAUUCAAGGAGACCCGUGUUCAAGUUUGGGUUUUAUAAGUUCUUUGAAACUGUUAUGUGUUUGGUUUGGUGUCGCUAUACUUUCUUUCAACUCUUGGGUACGUCGAUGGCGUAGAUAGUGCGGUGGCAAACCUUUUCUCCUCAUCUGGAACCUGGACUGUAGCCGAAUAGCCUAAUUGGAUAACCUUUUCAAUGUUUCCACAAUAACAACAACAGCAACGAAAAACUGCAGUGGAUUACAAAGAAACCCCAAAGAGCAGUAUAGAAGCGACUGUUGUUUUCUGGAGAGGAGGAAUGCGGAGAGAAAGAGAAGUCUAGAAGGAUGCUGCUUUUUGUAAAAUGGCAUUGAAGAACAUUUUUGCAGUUGUGGUGGUUUGUUUAUUUUUUUGUUCGAGUUUCAGCCAAGAACUCAAUCCCAAAGGCAGGAAUGUAUGCAAAUUACCAGGGACUCCAGCCUUUGCUUGCUGCAGCGGGUGGGCGCAGAUAGGAGAGGAAUGUUUGACACCUCUCUGUGAAGGCAACUUUACCUGUAAGGAGAAUGAGGUGUGCGUUAGGCCCAACGAAUGUCGCUGUCGCCACGGAUACUUCGGGGCCAGUUGUGAUACAAAAUGCCCCAACCAGUUCUGGGGUCCCGACUGCAAGGGAAAGUGCCAAUGUUUCCCCAAUGGCCAAUGCGACGACGUGACGGGCAAGUGCACGUGCAACUCCAACCGCUGGGGGACCAACUGCGAGAAGCCCUGCCUCUGCCAGAAAGGCAAGUGUGACCAGGAAACGGGUACGUGCACUUGUCAGUACGGCUUCUGGGGGCCGCAGUGUGCCAACAACUGCUACUGCAGCCUCAACUCGGUCUGCGACCAGGCCACCGGGAGGUGCACCUGUAGUCCCGGCUGGUCGGGGAGGAACUGCGCCAUCCAGUGCAACUGUAACAACUCCCCGUGCGAGCAGUUCACCGGCCGCUGCCAGUGCCGGGAGAGAUUGUGGGGCCCGCGCUGUGAGAGGUAUUGCCAGUGCGUCCACGGGAAAUGCAACCAGGCCGACGGCACGUGCACCUGCACGCCGGGCUACAGGGGGAAGUUCUGCAGGGAACCGUGUCCCGCGGGGUUCUACGGACAGAACUGCCGGAACAGGUGUGGUCAGUGUAAAGGCCAGCAGCCCUGUAAGAUAACAGAAGGGAGAUGUGUGACCUGUGAGAGUGGCUGGAAUGGGACCAAGUGUGAUCAGAUGUGCCUGCCGGGCUUCUUUGGAGAAAACUGCCUGGAGGUUUGUCCGCCCUGUAAAGACGGUCACUUCUGCAACCGCAUCGAUGGAAAGUGCACCCACUGCAACCCUGGCUGGAUCGGGGACAGGUGUGAGGUGCGCUGUCCCAACGGUACUUAUGGGGACAACUGCGAGAAUGACUGCAGCCACUGUUUUAACGGCGUGUGUCAUGUUGCUACUGGAGAAUGCCUGUGUGACCCGGGUUUCUUUGGAACCUACUGCAAUAUGACCUGUCAAAUGGGCCAAUACGGCGUGAACUGUGCCCAGACCUGCUCCUGUCAUGACAAGAACUGCCACCCAGCGUCUGGUGCCUGUAACCUGCAGCCCAAUCAGCGGAUGGGCGUGAUCGCGGCAGGAACCCUGGUGUCCUUUCUGCUCAUUGUGCUGCUCUCCCUCCUCUGCUGCUGCUGCCUCUGCCGAAACAAAGACGAUCACAGUCCUGACCAAGACAACUGUACCAACAGCAAUAAAGCCAAGCGGAUCCUGUGCGGACGAUUCAGCCGAAUCAGCACCAAACUCCCCCGGAUACCACUGAGACGACAGAAGCUGCCCAAAGUAGUCGUAUCCCACCAUGACCCUGAGAACACAUUCAACUGCAGCUUCAUCGAUCCCCCCUCCGCAGCCGAGCAGCCCUGUCCCUCCUCCUGGUCGUCCCAGGAGUCGUUUGAUUCAUUUGAGGAAGAACCUAGUGACGACGGGCCAGUGUACUGUGUGCCACACGAAGAGUCGCUGAAUGAGAGUAAGGAGAAGCCGGCAGCUGAGAAGCCGUCAACAGCGUCCGCUCCCAGUGAGGACGACGCAGGAGAGUACACCUCUCUGAAAGACACCGCCGCUACCGCCACCCCCUCUAAGACCCAGGCUGGGGAUGCAAGCCAAGCCCCCCUCCUCAAGUCCUCUGGCAGUGAGGGCUCCACCAGUGGGUCGGAGACGGCGAUUGGUGCCCUCUACGCCCGAAUUAAACGUCUGUCCAAGAACUCCAAGGAGGAAGAGGACGGGGGCGGCAGCACGGUCACGAUCGAAGUCAAAGGUAACGGCAAGCCGCCGUCCCCUGGAGGGAAGACAUGCGCCACCGCCAAACCUCGCCCUCCAGACCCGUCCACCAAGCCCAAGGUGUCAUGGAUCCACGGGAACACCGGGGGUACCGCGCCCCAGGCGGAGCAGCCGAACCAUGGGGGCAAGGGGCUGGCGGUGCCCAAGGAGAGGACAACCAGGAGCUCCAGUGAUAGCUCAGCCAAGAGCGAGGAGAGGCAUAGGCUGAGGGAGACGACCAACGAGAAGAAGAACCAGGACGGGAAGGGGACGGAGGUCAAUGGUUCCCCCAGCAAACACAAGGCCCACUGGCUGGGCAGGUCCGGGGAGGACAUCAACCACAUGGAGCACAUCAACGGGGUGGUGCAAAACGCUCUGAAGAAGAUCGGCAACUUCCAUAACUCCAACCCAGACAAGAAGACGGCCGACAAAGCAGCGGAGCCCCUGAAGGAGCCCCCCAAGAGUCCCAAAGUGAUCCACCCCCACAUGAACUCUGAGGCCGCUACGCUGCUGGCUGCCCAGCUCAAGGAGAAAACGCAGAGUAUUAACCGGAAUGAGGGCACCGGCCUGGCAAAGACCAAUGGUCUGUCCACACCAACCCUCCGGGACCGAGGCGACCGGGAGAAGCCCACUCCUCCGCAGAAGGCCAAACGGACCACUGCACCCAUCCCAGGCAACCAGGGCUCCACCAAGCCCCUGUUGCCCACCACGCCCAGCCUCCAGAAGAUGGUAGGGGUCCCCACAGUGGACCCAACCACACCAGAGGUCGUCCCAAAGAGCCCGGAGAAGCAGGACUUGAACGGCUCAAGGGUGGUUGAGAGUGGUGGUACAGGGGACCCCACACCAAAGAAGACUCCUAUCAAAAAACCUCCCAGAAAGAAAGGCAAGGAUGGGACUUUGGAUACUACUGUGGAAACUAAGACACCGACAAAGACAGCGAUUAUGCCACCGCAGAUGGUCAAAUAGAUAGCUUUUUACUCCAAGAUUUACUGACCAGCGUUUUUGAAUUGUUUCUCACACAGGACAGUGGUGACAGUAGUAACUGACUGACUCUUCUUUAAAAGGGGACAUGCCGAUGGACUUGUUGGUUGUUCAUCAAAGGAAUUUAUUAUCUCUGGGCGUGUGCUUGUUGCCCAGGUCCAGUGGAAGUCCAGGUCAAACAUAAUUUUUUAAAGUGUGCUUAUUCACAUUGGUGUAGGAAUGGUUUUGUAUUAAACUGAAAUGUAUACCAGACUAGUAUUACAUUGACAGAAGGUGAAAAGGAUUUAAUGGACUCUUUUAAUUUUAAUUUACCUGCAAUCUGUUUUUUACCACAACGCUGGACAUAACUGUGGGGGCUGUAGUGACAGUGGCAAACAAUCCUCUCAUUUUUCUUUCAUCUAUAGUAUAUCUGCAAUGCCCACCACUAUAUUUAUAUAGGAAUUUCUGACAAUCAUUUUAAUUUAAAAUGUUUUUCCUCAUAUGAAGUAAAAUCUAUGCAAAGUGAGGUCUGAAGUUGAACCACGGUACUGAGAAUGCGAGAAUAGUAUUUGUCUGUUUGAUUUUAAAAAGCCAGUAACACAUAUUUUGCUAUUUUUUAUGGUUAUGAGGUCCAAAGUCUAGAGCACAAAUCUAUGUAGCUGAUCAAACAGCAACUUUCUCUCAUAGUUUUGGCUUUACAGAUUAUUGACUUUUUUGAUUUAUUGACUUUCAAAUAAGCAAUCAAUUCAAUUAAGUUCUAGUUGUCAUUCCUUACAGAAAAAAUCUGUAUACAAAAGGCUCACUCUACCUGGCAAUGCUGUUAAACCAGUAUUAAAAAGCUAAUACUUUUCUUCAGGCCUAUUAACCAGCUAGUGUAGCUAAAUGUCUUUCAGGUAUUUCCCAUUCAAUGUUUUUCAGCUUGAUUUUUACCCACUAAUGAAUGUGAGUAGGCAAGUUUUUAAUUAUUCCAAAUGUUUCUGCCCAUUAUUCUUUCAGACAUUAUUUCAUAAGAAGCAUAUGGGGAUAAAUGUGUUGCCCUUAGGCAUUGGCCACUAGAAAGUAUGUUACCGAAAUUGGUUUAACUGGUUUUCUCAUCAUGACAUUGUUUACUGAAGUUAAAAUCAUGGUUAAAUUACCGAGCUACUAAGACCGGAUUUACUUCUUUAGGAAUCGCCAAACUCUAUUACAAUCAGUCUAGCCGUGAUACAUGGUUUCUUUGUUGUGAACUUGAAUUUCAGUGUGGCUGAUUAGAUGAAUAUUGCUAGCUAUUUUGAGUUUUUUUUGCAAAUUAAUCAAAAGGCAGUACUUAAUCAAGGGUAUCACUUGACCCAGUGGGAUGUACUGCUGAAUCAACAUUUCAUAUUGCAUUAUGUUUCACAGGUUGUACACAUUUCUUUAUAUGUACAUUUCAGGUGGAAACACAAGGAAGAUGAUGGAAUUUAAAUACAACAUACAUUAUUUCAAUUCAGCAUGUAACAUUUUAUCAAUACGCAUAUCAUAAAGUAGUACAAAAGUGACAGCGGUUCGGACUGUGGAUUCAGACGUACACUUCACCAUUGUUCAGAACUCGUCUUUUUUUCUGUCUUGCCUACAAUGUUGUUUGUCGGUGUGGUUUUCAUCCAUUUCGUUUUCAUUCCAUUUCUUUUAUGGUACAGCCAGUCUCCUUGUUAUACCAUUGUCCUUUUUCUACAGGUGAAUAUGUCUUUUGUCUCAGUAAAAUGUAAUAUGUUUGUAAGCUGUGCUUAUAUGAAUUGUUUUGCUACUUCUUUUUACUCUGUAUUUGUUGAUGAACUGGCUUUCAUGUUCUGUUUGAUUGUUUGUGCCAGACUCUUGGCGGCCAUAGUAAGAGUACUUAUUUUGUAACGUUGACUUUGGCUUGUCAUUACCCUUUUCUCUGUUGAUGUUAUGGUUUGUUUAACACUUAACUGCAUGAAGCAGAGUCAAAUGAUAUGGCAGUGGCUUCACAGGAAACAUCAUAGCCUAUUCUCUUUAUCUUACCAUUUUGUCCAUAGGAAAUAUCUGAUAUCAAAACUUCAAAGGAUUGUACAGUAUGUUCGUUGUUGUGUUACCACUGUUAUUCAGUACAUGUAACUAAGACCAUACACGUUGUGUGAUUAUAAAGUACCAAUUUAAGCAAGCAGACACAAAGUAUAUUUUAUAUCUGACUGACUGGCCUAUAUUUGUAAGCAGGGCCUCAAAACGCUGCAGAAACAUUAUCAGCAAAAUUAUGUAUUUGUAACUCUGUCAUUCUGUUUGUCUGAUUUUUUUAUUUUUAUUUUCCCUGUUACUUCUUUUAAAUAAAAGCGACACGUGUAGCUAUAUG